CAGAAAGCAUUGUGUCGCCGGCUAACAAACUAGCCGCCGCUGCUGCUGCUGGCUGUCAAACUGCUUCUAACACGCAGGGUUUAAAAGUGACACUGACAUUUUGUUGGCACCGACCUGAAAACGUGUUUUAAACAUCAGCUGACUUGUGUGUUUGUUGAUUUGUCCCGUGGUUGCGGGUAAAGUGGCAGCUAGCCUCGGGUUAGCCGUUAGCCGUGAGAUCAGUGAGGAGGAAAUGAACCACAAGAGUAAGAAGAGGAUUAAAGAGGCGAAGCGGAGCGCCAGGCCCGAGCUGAAAGAUUCACUAGACUGGAUAAAACACGAUUAUCACGAGACUUUCGACCUGUCGCAUCACACCGUGAAGGACAGCGUUGAGCGUAUUGACUCCCUUCAUGUCAGUCCUGAAGAGUUCAUCCGGCGCUUCGAGCGGCCUUACAAGCCCGUCGUCCUGCUCAGCUGCCAGGACACUUGGCCCGGACGCGAGAAAUGGACUGUGGAGCGCCUAAAACGCAAAUACCGCAACCAGAAGUUCAAGUGCGGGGAGGACAACGACGGCUACUCGGUGAAGAUGAAGAUGAAGUACUACGUGGAAUACCUGGAGUCCACCAGGGACGACAGCCCGCUCUACAUCUUCGACAGCAGCUACGGUGAACACGCCAAACGCCGCAAGCUGCUGGAGGACUACCAGGUGCCGCUGUUCUUCAGAGACGACCUGUUCCAGUUUGCAGGAGAGAAGCGCAGACCGCCGUACAGGUGGUUCGUGAUGGGUCCGGCUCGCUCCGGCACCGGCAUCCACAUCGACCCGCUGGGCACCAGCGCCUGGAACGCUCUGGUCCAGGGCCACAAGAGGUGGUGCCUGUUCCCCACCAACACCCCCCGCGAGCUCAUCAAAGUGACCAGAGAGGACGGAGGCAACCAGCAGGACGAGGCUAUCACCUGGUUCAAUGUGGUGUAUCCACGCACGCAGCAGCCCACCUGGCCCGCAGAGUUCAGACCACUGGAGAUCCUGCAGAGACCCGGAGAGACGGUGUUUGUGCCUGGCGGAUGGUGGCACGUUGUCCUCAACAUGGACACGACAAUCGCCGUCACUCAGAACUUCGCCAGCAGCACCAACUUCCCCAUCGUGUGGCACAAAACCGUCCGAGGCCGACCCAAACUCUCCAGGAAGUGGUACCGUAUCUUGAAGCAGGAGAGACCUGAUAUGGCCGCUCUUGCAGACAAAGUAGACCUGCAGGAAUCAACGGGCAUCGCAUCGGACAGCUCCAGUGACUCUUCAUCGUCGUCAUCCUCCAGCUCGUCUGACUCCGACUCUGAUGCCGAGUCGGGCUCCGAGGGCGACGCCAUGUCUCACCGCAGGAAGAAGAGACGCACCUGCAGCACGACGGCCAACGGAGACGCUCGCAGCAACCAGGACGACUGCGUCAGCAAAGAGAGGAGCUCGUCACGGUGACCCUCGGCGGUUCCUCCUCCUCUUCCUCCUCUUCCUCCUCUUCCUCCUCAUGAACACACCUGCGUCUCCCAGCUGCUGCUAGGCCUCGUGUAGGUUUAAAACGCCACCAAACCCCCUCUGUGUCUGUAGAGGAGGACGAGAUCCGCCACCACUGUGCUUUUCAACAACAAUCAGUGUGUGUGUGUGUGUGUGUGUGUGUGUGUGUGUGUGUGUGUGUGUGUGUGUGUGUGUGUGUGUGUGUGUGUGUGUGUGUGUGUGUGU